GACCCCGUCCUCUCUCUCUCGAUUCUACUGCUUUUUUUCUUUCUUUCUUCUUUCUACGGUUGUGGCAUGUUCGGAUCUGUUCAAGUACUGUAGGGGCCAGCAACGAUGAGUAACCUGGCAACCAUGGGUUUGCUCCUAAUCAUGCUCAUGUUUGGUGUAUCUGUUCAGCAGCUCGGAAGUGCUCAGUCCCUUGGCAGCUAUGUUCCAAUCGUUGGCCUACUUGGGGUUAUAUUUGGUGCUAAUCUGUUUUUCUUUGGCAUAAAGAUGACAGGCAUUCCAGCUUCUGUUUCCCUUGGUGCCAUGGCUUCACUCACAACAAUGUGCCAGCGUCACAAACUCGCCAUGGGGCCAGCAAUGAUGAGCAACCUGAGAAGCACCGGUGCCCUCGUCCUCCUGUUUGUGGACGCUGGAUCUGUUCAUCAGUUGGUUUGGGAUCACUCAGUUGGCAGCUACCGCCAGCUUGUCAGCCUACUUGGGGUCAUCGUUGGUGCCAAUCUCAUAUUUCUCAGUGACAAGAUGAGAGGCAGUCGAGGGCCUAUUGACCUCGGUACCGUAGCUUCAAUGGCUGCAGCGUACAUACAUCACAACCUUGCCAUGGCAGGGCUCUUUACAGUGUCAUCAGCCAUCAUUGUGUACAUAGUUUCUGGUGCUGCCACUGGGCUAGCCCUUUCAGUUAGCCUCUUUGUGACACUCCUACUCGGCGUCGCCAUGAUCACCCUUGGAGUCCAUGCUGGGUCUACGCCGAUCUCGGCCGAGGAAGGGAUCGGCCUGGAGGGUUCGAUGCAACAGACUAAGCUACGAUCAUCAGUGUAACAGCUCGUGCAAUGAAGGCAUUUCCACUUCAAUUUCUAGCAUUGUGUGUGUGCUGUGUACACUAUCUGAAAAUGCUCUCUCAGUUGAAAAUCCUGAACUGGAACGGUAGAGGAUUUAACAACAUGGCGAGUAGGGCGGCAGUAGCAGUACGAUCGAUCGAUCAGGCCUGCGCAGCACACCCCCCUGGAUAAUAAUGGGGGGUUUUUUCAAUCUGAUUUAUGAAGCAAGGGACAAAAGCAAUCAAAAUCUGAAUAGAAGGCUCGUGGGGAGAUUCUGGAACAGAAUCAAUUCAGCUCCACGUUGUGCAAGAACUAAUAUGCAGGUUCGAUAUAGCACAAGAAAGGAGAAUUCUUGGCAUUACGGCAAGAAACAAUAGUUUGUUUCUUACCAUAAUUAAAAAAGUACAUGCAGAUAUCAUAUUUUUCAGUGUAAAAAUUUAGGGCCACUGGCAAUAAAAUGUAAUCUAUACUGUUAAUCUAUUU